CCAGUUGCUGUUGAUGCCACGAGGUAUUCGUCAUGGAGCCCGCGCCCCGGAGCCCUCUUGUGCCGCCGCCGCUGCUGCUGCUGCAGCUGCUGCUGCUGCUGGGCCUGAGCUCAGGAGCUGUCAUCAACCAGCCCACGGUGGAGGGCAAGGAAGUAUGGGAUUAUGUGACUGUCCGGAAGGAUGCCCACAUGUUCUGGUGGCUCUACUAUGCCACUAACUCCUGCAAGAACUUCUCAGAACUGCCUCUGGUCAUGUGGCUUCAGGGUGGUCCAGGCGGUUCCAGCACUGGAUUUGGAAACUUUGAGGAGAUUGGGCCCCUUGAUAGUGACCUCAAACCACGAAAAACAACCUGGCUCCAGUCUGCCAGUCUGCUCUUUGUGGAUAACCCUGUAGGCGCUGGCUACAGUUAUGUGAACAAGAGUGAUGCAUAUGCCAAAGACCUUGCCACGGUGGCAUCAGACAUGAUGGUUCUCCUGAAGACAUUCUUCGAUUGCCACAAGGAAUUCCAGAAAAUUCCAUUCUACAUUUUCUCAGAGUCCUAUGGAGGAAAAAUGGCUGCUGGCAUUGGUCUAGAACUUCACAAGGCCAUUCAGCAAGGGACCAUCCAGUGCAACUUUGCUGGCGUUGCUUUGGGUGACUCCUGGAUCUCUCCUGUUGAUUCGGUGCUCUCCUGGGGACCCUACCUGUACAGCAUGUCUCUUCUCGAUGACCAAGGACUAGCAGAGGUGUCUCAAGCUGCAGAGCAAGUCCUGGAUGCCAUAAAUAAGGGACGCUACAAAGAGGCCACAGAGCUGUGGGGGGAAGCAGAAAAUGUCAUUGAACAGAACACCGAUGGGGUGAACUUCUACAACAUCUUAACAAAAGACACACCCAUGUCGGCAAUGAAGUCAAGUCUAGAAUUCACCCAGAGCCACCUAGUUCAUCUUUGCCAGCGCUACGUGAGACGCCUACACCAAGAUGCCUUAAGUCAGCUCAUGAAUGGUCCCAUCCGAAAGAAGCUCAAAAUCAUACCUGAGGAUUGCUCCUGGGGAGCCCAGGCCCCCAACGUCUUCAUAAACAUGCAGGGGGACUUCAUGAAGGCGGUCAUCAGCAUUGUGGAUGAGUUGCUGGAAGCCGGCGUCAAUGUGACUGUGUAUAAUGGACAGCUCGAUCUCAUCGUGGACACGAUGGGUCAGGAAGCCUGGGUGAGGAAACUGAAGUGGGCAGAACUGUCUAAAUUCAAUCAGCUGAAGUGGAAGGCCCUGUACAGUGACCCUGAAUCUUCGGAAACAUCUGCUUUUGUCAAGUCACAUAAGAACCUGGCUUUCUACUGGAUUCUCAGAGCUGGGCACAUGGUUCCUUCUGACCAAGGGGAAAUGGCUCUGAAGAUGAUGAGGCUGGUGACUCAUCAAGAAUAGGAUGGUCAGGCUGCAGCUGGGUGCACAUUGGACCAGAGGAGUGUUUGAACUAAAAUGAAAGGCUGAAUGAUGGGGAGGCUACAGCAACAGGGACAUCAGUUUCUCUCUUCUGAUGACUCUCAAGACUAACUGGCUGAAGACACGGGGAUGUCAGUGGUUCACUCUGGCGAUCGCUUGGCUGCCUGGGGUCUGCAGCUCGCUGCUACUGCCCAGCAUGAUGAGAGAGUGUCAUCCUACCUGUCACUCGCCCAGGAAAAGAUCAAUAUUCAAAGUACAGUUUGUACUGAAUGCAUAUCACUUUCACACCAUCAUAAAACCAAGAAAUUGAAAGUUGAACUAUCAUAACUCUGGGACUGUCUGUACAUACAUAUUUUUUAUAAAAAUGGAAUCAUCACGGUAUGUAAUUUCACCACCUACUUUGUUCACACAUCAAUAUGUCCUAAACUGUUCAUGUCAAUAAAUAUUCUUCUAUAACAUUUUUAAGACUGUUG